AUGGAUGCAUAUAGAUUACCCAAAUCUGACUCAAAUUCAGAACAAGUUUUAACUGAUGGAAUAAAUGAAUUGACCUCAAACUUUUGUGAUAUGAAACGUGUCAGUCAUAAUGGAUUGGAUUGGAUUGUUUGUGGUGACAACAGCAGUGGAAAACAUUAUGGUAUUUUAGGUGGAUUCAAAAACACCGUUCAAGCAUUCAAUGAACCGAAAUUUGUUGACACAACUAAACUCCACCAUAAUCUAAUGCGAAACAAUUUAACUUUAUGCUUUACUAAUGCUCAACCAAAUACAAUUUCGUCCACCACUGAAAACUCAAACAACUUUUGCUUCAUCCCACCUGUCUCGGUAAUAAACGAUACGACUAAUGAUCAUCCAUUUUAUAUGAACCAGUUUCAAACAAUUAGUUUAUCGAAAUCAGAGCCAACGAACACAACCUCAGAUAACCUGGACCAUAGAGCCCCUAGACCUUCAUCGUCUUCGUAUUCAGAUGUAAAAAUGCAAAAGAUUUAUUUACAUUUAUCAAAUAUUUUCAAUUUAUCUAAUAACCUCGAAGUGACAAAUGGAGAAAUCCUAAGUUCAAGCAGAAAUGAUACAACUGAUGGUGCGACAUGA